AUGGCAGACCCGUCGCAGCAUCCUAACUACUACCCCAAUCAACAGCCUGUGGACAUGAAUCAUCCAGCUUUUGUGUAUCAACCACAAGGACAACAUCCCAGCUACCCACCACCUCCUCCUCAGCCACCGCGACCAUGUGAAACCACAGCAGCAACAGGCUACGAUCCUCCGGGUCCGCCUCUCCCACAAAGGCCCAGCAGCCAAGGAAACUUUGAUGUCGAAGCUCAAACGGCUCCUUAUCCACGGCCACCCGUCUACAACCCGGCCGCUUACGCUCCUGGCCAACAACACCAGCAAUUCCAACCUCCACCCCAGCGUUACAAGCAACCAUUCGUAGCUGAGGAUGAUCCGAAUAAUCCCAUCCACUAUAUCCGCGAUCCUCAUAAACUGAUAGGCUACUUGGUCCCGUUCCCGCGACCAGUGCUUCCUAAUGUCAAUCCAGAAACCAUUCCAGCCCGCUUCAUGAUCUACACGCCACCACCACCUCCUCUGCAAAAGCCGGCUGAAGGCCAGAAAGAAGGCAAGUUGCACAAGGUGCAGCGGAAAUGGCAAGAGGAAGUCCGCUCCUCGAAGACCAGCACCGCAAAGACUGCCAGCUGGAAAGGUGUCAAGUCUAAAGCGACGCGCGGGAUCGAUUGGGCCAUCCAUAAAACCACGUCUUCGAACUUAGAUUUCUUGGGCCGCGUAUCUCCCGGUCCGCAACAAUCACAUUCCGAUGACGAGAGAGACCACGAAGGGUCCGAAACGCACAAGACGGUAGCAGUCGAGGAAAUGGUACUCAUCUACCCACCCACCAUGAACUUGACCGAUCAACAGAUGCGCGAGGAGUUUGUGAACACAAUGCUGCGAACCAAAUCCAAAGCGCAGAGAGACACCAUCAUCGCAACCGGCCUCAUGCCUGUGGCUUACGGUAUCGAUAUCCUUGCGACAUUCAUCUGGCCGUUCGGCGGGCUGGGCGAGAUCGAUACAGUCUGGGCGUAUUCAAGUUUCCGCGGCGCAAAGACCGCAAGGACCGUGACCAAGAGGUUGACCAGCUCAACUCAGUCGUCUGCCGGCCACGAAGACGAAUCCAGCAAAUUGAAACUCACAUUCACCCAUUCCCAGCGUCUCGAAGUCCUUCGCAAAUAUCUUGAUGCGGAAUGCCACAAGGCUGAUUCCAAGCUAUUCCCGCACUAUGAGCAUUCUCCUACGGAGAGCGACGUGUUGGAGGCGAUAGGAUGGACUCCCAGUCGUGACACCGAGGACAGGAAUUGGGAAGAUGAACACUGGGAAAUGCAGGAGGUCAAGGAGGAUCUGAAAACGGUGUUCAAAAAAGCAGCUAGCUCCCAGCGCAUUUCUGUCUCUUUCAAGCUGGCGGGCACAACCGAUCGGAGAACCUCCUCGGGAGGCUUUCUCAACCGUGUCUUCGGAGGCAAGAAAGAGAAGGACGCAGAUUCGGAUAGCACACCCUCUCGAAUCAGCACUGACAGCAACCACAAUGGCCCCACUUCUCCGGGUGGCAGCAUCACAGUCAAGACCAAUGACUUGAGCCCUAGAUCCGAGACUCGAAAGCCAGCAGAAGAGGCCUCCGCUUCGCCCACGGCCGACUCCAAGAAGCGGAGGAGUAGUAGCGCCAAAGCGAAAGAGAUCUUUACCCAGGCCAAAAACUCAUUAAUACACGGUGACAAGGACGGCCCUCAGACACCGAUGCAGAGGCUGUCCAAGACAGAUGCUGCCCUGAGCGUGCCACAGGGCUCGCUGAACAACUCGGCCGGCGAAUCGCAACCUACGCCCAAUUCCUCCUUCUUGGUUGGUGUGACAGAAGACAAGAACAAGAAGUGUCGCCGUACUAUGGAAGACACUCAUUCGUAUCUUUACAAUUUCCUCGGAACACCGGCGCCUGUAUUGUCAUCUGACAGCUCAUUAUCCAAGAAAACUUCGAGAGAAGAUAGGAACAGCCUCAACACCAUCCCCUCCAAUUCUGCCCAACACGUGGUGGAGACCGACAAUGGCUACUUUGCUAUUUUUGAUGGGCAUGCAGGCACUUUUGCUGCCGAGUGGUGUGGGAAGAAAUUGCACGUCAUCCUGGAAGAGUUAAUGCGCAAAUAUCCCAAUACGCCCGUUCCCGAGUUGCUCGAUCAGACAUACACCACGGCCGAUAAUCAAUUAGAGAAAUUACCGCUCAAAAACAGUGGGUGUACAGCUAUUACGGCAGUGCUACGGUGGGAGGACCGUGUGCCCACCAACCAUUCCGCCACAGGGUCUCAGGCUAUUGCGUCGUUGGCCGCGGCCGCGGCGAAAGAGGCGGAAAAGAAUGAGAAGAAUAACGAGCCACUGAAAGAUGGGAAAGAUUCUACUCCCCGAUCCAACUCUACGGCUGAAGCGGCGGCGGCAGCGAUUCAAGAAGCCAAGCAAAAAGCUACGCGACAGAGAGUGCUGUACACUGCUAACGUUGGUGACGCCCGGAUUGUUUUGUGUCGCAACGGGAAGGCGCUUCGUUUGUCGUACGACCACAAGGGAAUGGACGAAAAUGAGGGACGAAGGAUAUCGAAAGCCGGAGGGUUAAUACUGAACAACCGGGUGAAUGGGGUGCUUGCGGUGACACGAGCGCUCGGCGACUCAUAUCUUAAAGACUUGGUCACCGGUCAUCCUUAUACGACUGAAACUGUGAUUCAACCUGACCAAGACGAAUUUUUAAUCUUGGCCUGUGAUGGAUUGUGGGAUGUCUGUUCGGACCAGGAAGCAGUGGACUUGGUCCGCAACGUUCACGACCCUCAAGCUGCUUCUAAGAUUUUGGUGGAUCAUGCGUUGGCCCGAUUCUCGACCGAUAACUUGUCUGUCAUGGUUGUUCGGUUCGAUCCACAGAAGCUGCAACAAAAUACCAAGAUGGACAUUGGAGUCGAAACCGAAUCGACCAAGGAUAAACUAGCGAUCAGCGAGGUGGAAAUGCUCGUGGGAGAAGCACGGCGGCAUUCUGGACUGGCUCAAGAAGGUCAAAUAUCUGACCAGGACUCGGAAGAGUUGAGGCAGACAGUGAUCAAAGAACAGGAGGAAGAGGAUCAGGAAACGGGACCAGAGUAUACGCCAGAGGGCCAGACGGAAGCUGAGAAGAUCUUGUCGGAGAAGAAGUCGGAGCACGAGAAGCCCAGUGAAGGUUGA